CCCGACUCAUCUCUCUCCUUGGUUCUCGUCCUCAGACGGUUCUGCGUAUCUGGGACUGUCUGUUCUACGAGGGUUCUAAGAUUCUGUUCCGUGUGGCUCUGACGUUGAUAAGGAACCAGCAGGCUGAGGUCCAACAGGCCGGUUCCCUGCCUGACGUCUGUGACUGCUUCAAACACAUGACCAGAGGCCCUGAUGUAGAGGACUGCCACUCCUUCAUGCAGAAAAUCUUCACGGAACCCGGAAGCCUCUCCAUGGCAACCAUCACCAAGCUCCGGGAGACGUGUCGAGCACGCAUCAUCGCUGAGGAGUCCUGACCCCAUCCUCCUGACCUGUCAAUCAAACACUACACAUUCCGGGCUGGGUCCCAACACUCCUUAAUGGUCUCCUCUCCUCGGAUCCUAUCCCUCACUGUUGGGACAGUGUCCUAGACUGUUUUGUACUCUUUAGCAUGACUACCACGUAGCUACGUAGACUACCAUGUAUGGAGACUAUAAGAUGUUACGAGUACCAGCAAAUUAAUUAGUUACUAUCCUGUGGGGGCACAUCGUACAGGUUAAAUAAACAUGAGCCUAUCACAAUAAUUAACAACAAAGAUGCCGAUGAAACCUUUAGUCUAUUACACUAUUGUCAUUUACUGUAUGAAAGUCACAUGAAAUAAAACGUAUUUAGCCAAUGGACA